UAUGGGAAAUUUGUUGGGAAAUGUGUUGGGAAAUUUGUCUCCCACUUAUAUCACUGUUUGAGUCAAAACCAGACCAACAACCAUCCAUCCAGCAGUCUGGUUUCUUACGUUGUAACGAUUUUUGUAGAAGUGCAUCAGAAAGCAAGAAGAAACUGAAUCAGAGAGUCAAGGUGGCAGUGAUAAGCAGAAGUUUUGAUCCUCAUCACCAGCCUGAUAUGUCUAGGAAAAGCAGUACCCAGCAAGCAGGGCCAGCCAAACUGGAUGUGGGUUCAGAGGUUAUGUAUGUAAGAAGUAACCGAGUGGUGCUGGAUAACACCAUUGGCCCAGCAGAGAUUGUCAUCUGCAAUGGCAAGAUAGCUGAAGUUCUGCCAAAGAGAAACUGGGCCAGACCCAGUGCGGAGAAGGUAUUCAGGAGUAGCCUAGGGAAAGCAAAGAAUACAUGGCAUCACAUCUUUUUCUGGCAUUCCGAGAUGAUUGAUGUUGGAGACCUUGUGGUCAUGCCAGGAAUCAUAGAUCCUCAUGUACACAUCUGUGAGCCUGGACACCCAUCUUGUGAGGGAUUUGCAUCUGUGACUAAGGCUGCGGCUGCAGGAGGCAUCACCACAAUUGUUGACAUGCCAGGGUUCUGCUGUCCUCCAGCCACAACCUUGUCUGCCCUUGAUUCCAAAUUCCAGUCUGCCAAGGGACAGUGCCAUGUUGAUGUUGCUUUUUGGGGUGCUAUGGUUCCUGGAAAUCAGGUAAAAUAUCCAGAAAUGCAAUUGUACCCACUGUCCCGUGUCUUAUGUGCUGUCAGCAGAGUUUGCAAUGAAAGAGCAGAAUUGGUAACAAAGACCUGGGGCUGCCCAGGUGGGGAAGACAAGGGGACCAAAAAAGAUUUCCACGCAGAACAGGAUCCAAAUCAGUCAAUGCCAGUCCUAGCGGACACUGCAGAGUACAGCACUUUCUUGGACUCACGCCCUGAUACCAUGGAAGUGGAGGCCACUCUCACUAUUGCUGAGCUCUGCCUACUAUAUAAAGUACCAUGCCACAUCAUUAAUCUCUCCUCUGCUCAAGCCUUGCCCAUCAUCAAGGAGGCUCGCCAUAAAGGAGCACCAAUCACAGUAGAAACUACUCACCAUUACCUCAGCUUGAGCUCAGAAUGUAUUCCUUCAGGUGGCACCUACUACAAAUGCUGCCCUCCCAUAAGGGAGAAAAGCAACCAGGAGCAGUUGUGGGCAGCUUUGAAAGCAGGACAAAUAGACAUGGUUGUCUCUGCCCAUGUUCCUUGUUUCCGAGACUUUAAAGAUGAGAACAAUGGAGAUUUCCUCAAGGCUCAAGCAGGGAUUGCUUCAUUACAAUUUGGUCUCCCUCUCUUCUGGACCUCUGCAAAAUACAGAAGGUUCUCCUUCUGUGACCUGGUGCAACUGUUGUGCAAAAAUCCUGCCAUUCUGAGCAGACUGGAAGAUCACAAAGGCUCACUUAGCCCAGGAAUGGAUGCAGACCUGGUGAUCUGGGAUCCAGAAAAGGAAUUUGAGGUGAAGAAAGACAUAAUUCAUCACAAAUGUAAGCUGACCCCAUACUUGGGUUUCAAGCUCUGUGGCAAGGUCUUUGCAACCCUGGUACGUGGCAGGCUUGUUUAUCUGAAUGGAAAAUUUGCACCCAAGGCACAAGGAGAGCUGCUUGUGCCUGAGAGGAAGGUGCCCACAAAAAUCCCCUCACCAUACUAUUAGGGGGAGAUAGAGAACAACAAAUGCAUUAAUCAGAAUAAAGGGCCAUGGACAAAUCUAUCAGGAAGAAUAAGGCAGAACAGCAGAAUGGCUGGAGAGAAGACUGGUGAGAAAGAAUAUUAAAAAGCAACUGCCAACACGUAGCUUGUAAUCACACUGAGUAAGAGGAGGUUCUAAUCCCAUCGGCCAGCAACUAUUGAAUCAUUAAAAUGAAGACAACAGCACCAGAUAACAAUGGAACAGAAGGAGGACACAUGAAAAAACUAACUAAUGAAAAAAUUCACCAUGUUUUGCUUUCUAGCAAGAUGAUAAUAAAGAUGACAACCAUCA